UUUUAUUUUAUUUAGCUCUUGUCGAUGCCAAAGUGACUUGCUAGCUUAUUCUCUUGAUCGUGCUGACUUGAGAUUGUACAAAGUCUGAGUUUGUUAUUUUGAUAUUUUAAAACGAUAAACAAAUUUGUUUUUAUUUGUUUUUGUUAUUUUUGAUUAAUUUCAUUGGAUUCAAUUGAUAAUUUAAAAGAUUUCAAGGAAAUAAUAAUAAUAAUAAUAAAAUGGCAACUCAAACAGUGGUGAUGGCAUUACCACAAAUUGAAGUGUUCAAUCGUGUACUUGGAUUACCAAUGGUUGAACAAGCCCUUGCCGUAUCAUCAUCAACGUAUUUACGUGUCAAGGAUUCACAUCAAUUGUUCAACUGGAUACUAACUACUGCUGAAAGUUCAUUGAGCUCGGCAACUUCAAUUGCAGCUCCAUUUGCUAAAAAAUUUGAGACUCCAAUACAUUUUUUUGAUAAUAAAUUAUGCAUGGGAUUGGAUAAAAUUGAGGAAAAAGUUCCAAUGGUCAAAGAGACACCAGAACAAAUUUUUGAAAAAGGCUACAUGUUUGCCCUGCAAACAGUUCAACCAGCUGUAUCAAAAAUUUCAUUUGCCAAUGAUUUAAUAUUAUCCCAAGCAGCAUCACUCAAAGAACUUAGUUGGAACAAAGCGAAUCAAAUUCUCAGCACCUAUUAUGGUACUGUUGCUAUCCAUGGCCUUGACAGUACUGCAAUUGUUGUCGACAAGUUGAUUGACAAGUAUUUUCCAGCAACUGGUACUGAAAUCAUUCAAGAACCAACAUCAAGUGAAGAAGACAAGUUGUUACAUACACUACAGACUGUUGGAAGACUCUCAAAUAAAGCUGCAAGAAGAGUCUAUGGAAAUGUUAUUUUUAAUUUACGUACUAUUAAUCGUGACAAAGUAAAAUUAUACGUUGGUAAUAUUGUUGAAUUUUUACAAAUAACACAUUAUCUACAUGCUGUUAAUGAGAAAGUUCAUGGGCUAACAAACAACACUAAAAAUUCAUCAGUUAAUCAUAAAAAUAAUAACAAGAAAAAAUCUAAAGGCUCAAAUGGUGUUAAGCAUGAUUGAAUAUUUACAAUAAAUUAUUGUCUUGAUAAAUAUCAUGAUAAAUUUCAUCAAAAGGUAUUUAAUUUAAAUUCAAAAAACAAAAAAUUUUCUUUUCAAUUUUUAUUAAUUGCAUUUCGCUAUUACUCCAAUAUAUAUAUUUAAAUUUUGAUAAUUAUUAUUAAUUGUUAUAUUAAUUUGUAUACCAUGUUGAAUAUUAAAAAAAAUUAAAACAAAUAAUAUAUAUUUAUUGUUUUGUUUUAAUAAUUUAAUUUAAUUGCUUCAUCAAAAUUAUUAUUAUAAAAUUUAAUGAUUUUUGAUGGACACUGAAAAUCAUCAAAUAUUGUAUUAAGCAAGUAUAAAAAGUUUUAAUGAAUUAUUAAUAAGACGUUUACUUUCUCGACUCUUUAAUCUCCGAGUGCAGUUUGUUAUUUUUUUCAGUUAAAUUUACUUUCACAUUACGACGACCGAGUAUACAGUGCUAUUAAAUAAAUUUAAAAUAUUUAUUAUAUAUACCGAAGAAGAAAAUAUCAUGAGGAAAAUUCUUUAUUUUAUUAAAAAGUUUUAAAAAUUUUGUCGUCAUUAUUAUGACGUACAUGAAAAAAUAAAAAACUCUUUAAAUUCUUUCUCUAUGUAUACAUGCAAUUUCGAAAUUUGAAUUUUUGUUUUUUUUUUUUUUUAUUCAUACAAGGGGUUGUUGUAAAACUUAUAUAUAAAAAGGGAGAAAUUUUUUUUAUAAAAAACUUUUUAAUACAAUGAGUAAAAAGAUAUAUAAUAAUUUAUUGAAAAAUUUUAAAACCCUCGAAAAAAACUUUUUAAUUUUCUUAAUACAUAUACUGAUAAUAAUUUUAUUUAUUUUUUUUUUUUUAUAUUUAUUAUUGUACAUAGAAAAAUAGUUGAAUACACGUGGAAAAAAAUAUAUAAUAUAUUGUUUGAUAAAAAUGAUAAUAAUAAUAAAUAAAAUUGGCCAGAUUUCAAA